AAACAUGGCGACUGACAAGGGUAUUUCCCAAAAUGUACGSUUUUUAUCGGCAAAGAACUUUGGAUAAUGUUAUUACUGGAACAUUAGACAAACGCUAAACAUGCCUUGGUAUUUUCCUUGGUCUGAUUCUAUCAAGAAACGGGCCUGUCGCUAUCUUUUACAGCACUAUUUAGGGCAUUUUCUGCAAGAGAAGCUCACCCUCGAACAGUUGACUGUGGACUUGUACAAUGGAACGGGUCGAGUUGAGAAUGUCCCUCUUGAUGUAUGGUCUGUUAAUGAGAUGUUGGAUAGCUGUGGAGCACCAUUUGAGUUGAUUGAUGGUUAUAUCAAUAAGAUAUCAGUAUCAGUUCCCUGGUCAGCAUUACUUAAUGAUAGCUGUUGCAUGGAUAUACAAGGACUAGAACUAACUAUAGCUAUGAAACAAAGAUCAGACCAAGGGGGAUCUGGUUUGACUGAAUCCAUGAUAUUUAACAACAUGACGACAAGCAUGGAGAUGGCACAAGAAUGUCUCAAACAAGGUCCAUCACCUGGAGAGGAGCAGGCUGAAGCUGCAACACARCAGUUUGAAGGACUUGAAACAUUUGCACAAACCAUUGAAUCAGUGCUAUCAAGAGUGAAGCUAACCUUUGCAGAUAUUGUGAUAAGACUAGAACAUUUACCUAAAGACAUCCAGACAGGCAUAGGCCUUGAGAUUCAUAUCAAACGGGUUGAUUAUUCAGAUCUUUCAACUGAAUUAUCAGAAAAAGAUGCUCAGUACAAAGCUAAAAGUGUUUAUGAACCUGCUGCAUUUGCUUUUAAAAACUUAAAGAUAUUUGGUGUGUGUGCUUACCUGGAUGAAUUCGAAGAGAAAGCAAGGACAAUGCCACCAGGAUUUGAUUCAGACUCUCCUACAUCUCCACCACCUUCACCAACUGUUAGUUCACCRUCUAUGACUAGUGCUUGCUUUGAAAGUGUUGUUAGUCAACUAGCUAAGUCUGAGAAAAGUAGCUUGCUACCAUCAAUCCAGAUUGGUAACUUUGCUGGUGGAUUGGAAGUAAAGCUUAAGCUGAAACAAAAUAAUGCAGUAACUGGUUCAAAGGUCGAUAUAGAAUGCUUUUUUGGAACACUGAAUGUUUUCUUAGCUCCUCGACAAGUCCAUCUAUUGAUAGAGUUAGCCAGUGCUUUGUCAUUAGGUGACAACUGUCAGUCAAGCGGGUUAAAAGGUGGAAUUUCAGUCAAUAAACCAAUGGAACCUGAUGAUUACAAGAGAAUAGAGGAAGAUUUACAAAACCAACUCCAUGCUAAAAAGCAACAGAAAUUAGAUUCAGGUCAUCAAAAAGUAGAGACGUGGAACUGUAACUUUGAUUCUUCAAAUACAACAGAUAAUUUAACCCAUUUUUCAUCCAGUGCAGAAUAUGAUAGUGUUCUUGGAGAAGAUAGUGAUGARCAGUUUUACUCUAUGCCAUCCAACCAAUGGAACCAUGACAUUCUUCCUCCUUUAGAGGAACCACCACUACCUGCUGACAUGAUCAAGAAAGCUUCUCUUCUUACACAAGGCUUUGGUAACAUCCCUAAGUUCAACACAUCAGGUUCGAGUCUGACCGAAGCUGCUAGUAGUGUGUUUGCACAUGCUCAGUCUCAACAAAGUCAAAGCAAGCCCAGUACUUUUACAGGGAAACCAAAAUCCAUUUCACCYGUGAACCCWGGUC